AAUUAUGCAAAAAUAACAUUUUCUUUCGAUACUGUAUUACUUUAACUUUCACUUUGCAGGCCUUUUAUUUUGCCGCUUCUCGUUUGCGCUCUUCUAAAUUUCCCGCGAGUUGCCUCGUUUCUGUUUCUGUUUCCAUCAAUGCUGGUUUUGGUUGACACAAGUGCUCAUCUGUUUGUUGAUUAUUGUAGCUGUAAAUUUGAGAGAGAAAACCACGGGUGAUUUAUUUUGUGUAUUUUACAUAUGUGAGUUGAGCUGGCUUAAUUUAGUCUCGAUUUCUUAUUCUGACUCAAAAACAGACUGCAGUCACGUGUAUCAUGUGUUUCUUUUUUCUUUUAAAAUCUUGUAUAUGAAAUAAAUGCUGUCAAGAUGAAUGGCAGGAAAUGACAACAAGAGUUCUAGAGAACAGACGCCGAUCGCGAGCAGCACCUACAGGUGCGUUAUUUCCUACACGUAUGGGCUAUAAACGAGCUUGCAUUGAACCAGUUUGACAAGUUCGCCAGCAUUGAUGGUGGCAGCGCAUGUGGAAUGAAACGCGAGUGCUCAGCGGACCAGAAGAGCAGCAAGGACCCAAGAACACUUGACUCACAUGACUGUCCCUCUUCAAGGUAAUGGCAACGCACAGCGUCAUCUCCAGAGAAGACCUCAUCUGUCCUCGGUGUACGGACAUCUACUGCUUCCCCGUUCUCCUCCAUUGUGGACAUAACGUUUGCAAAGUUUGCCUGCAGCAGUUCUGGGAAUGGAAAGGAUGUCAAGAGUGUCCGGUGUGUCAGGCGGUGUCUGUUCCCAAAAGACCUCCCAUCAAUUUGGCGCUGAAGAUAGCGGCGGAUCAGUACCACAUGGAGAAGAUGAGUCAAGACCGUUGCAGGUUUCACGAGGAGAAGCUCAGCGUCUAUUGUCAGAACGACGAGGAGCCCAUUUGCCUGGUGUGCCAAAUGUCCAAACAGCAUAAAAUUCACGAGUGCUGUCCGCUGGAUGAGGCUGCCAAGCAGAAAAAGAAAGACAUUUCAGACAGGCUGGAGCCUCUGAAGAAGAAGCUGCAGACUCUCAACAAGACGAAAGAAAACUGGGAAAGAACGCGGACAUUUAUACAGAGGCAAGCGGACGAAAACAACCGAACCAUCAGGGAGGAGUUCCAGAAGUUGCACACGUUCCUUUUCGAAGAGGAAGACUCCCGACUUCAGGUGCUCGCGCAGGAAGUCGAAGUGAAGGUCAAAGUGAUGAGCCUCAAGCUGGAGUUCAUUGAGAAGCAGAUGAAGACCUUAGCGUCUGUGAUCAGGGACGCAGAGAGAAGACUGAAAGGAGACGAUUUAUCUUUCUUGGUGGACUACAAAGACACCAAGAAGAAGCUCAAAUGCAAUAUCAGAGAACCAGAAAUAAUCCGAGACAUCCUGAUCAACUCUGCCGCACAUCAGGCAUCACUUAAAUUUCAAGUUUGGAAGAAGAUGGAGCGCCUUGUUAAAUAUGUUCCGAUCACGUUGGAUCCCAACACGGCCCAGGCCAACUUGGAGCUGUCUGAGGAGCUGAGCUGCGUGCGGUACAGCAGUCAGCGGAUGCUCCCGGACAAUCCGGAACGCUGCACGGGAGGAGUGUGCGUGCUCGGUGCGGGCGGCUUCGUGUCCGGGAAACACAGCUGGACGGUGGACGUGAGCCGGGGUAAAGACUGGUACAUCGGGGUGGUCCGGGAGUCCAUCCAAAGGAAGGGGGCCAUGUCCCUCAAGCCAUCCGACGGGGUCUGGAUCAUUGGAGGCAUUAUAGGGGGCGUCCUGUGGGCUCAGACGUCACCUCGCACGCGACUGGAAUGCAAGCAGAAACCCGAAAGGGUUACGGUGGAGCUGGACUACGACAAGGGCAAGGUGGCGUUCAUCAACGCUGUAGAUUCAAAGACCAUUUUCGUAUUUAAAGACAAGUUCACCGAGAGGAUCUUCCCUUACUUCUCUACUGGGAUUCAUGAUGAGGGCAGCGGCUCCUUCCCCCUCACCAUCUGCUCUCAGACCGUCACGGUCGCCAUCUCAGACAAGUGAAGACCGUAUCCGUACAUCCAAUCAGUUAUUGCUCCAUCAUCUAUUAAUCCACUGAUCAUCCAUCCAUCUUCAUCCACCCAGUUGAACCAUCCAUCCAUCCCUCUCUCCAGCCAUCCAUUCCCAUAUCAAUCAAUCCAGCCAUUCACCCACCUUCACUUCAUCCAGACAUGCAUCUGGCCAUCGAGCCAUUCAACCAACUCUUGAUCCAACCACAGAUCCGUCUCUCAUCCAUCAUCGUCAUCUAUCUACUUGUCUGCUGAUCUGGCGUCUGUCCGUCCCCCCUUACAUCAUCUACAGCACAGGUGUCAAACCCAAGGCCGGGGGGCCAGAUCAGGCCUACCACGUCAUUUUACAUGGCCCGCGAAAGCAAAUCAAACAUGUCAACUUCUAUGAUGCUUGCUUAAAUCCGUGUCAAAAAUCAAAUUCUCAUAUGUAAUAAAUAAGAGAAAUAUAAGUUUUCUUGUUCCUAUGCCCCUCAUAACAGUAAUUUAAACAAUGAAUAAACCAUGAUUCUUGACUUCUUUAUAUGGUUUCACAGUAAUAACGGCCCUCCAAGAGAAACGGUAACUACACCUUGGCCCGCGACAAAAUUGAGUUUGACACCCCUGAUCUAUCAUAGUCAUCCAAUGAUCUAUCCAUCAUCCAUUGCUCUUCCCAUUCAUCCACCAGUCAUCCAUCCAACCAAACAUCUAGCAUCGGUCAAGCCUGACAUACAGUAUGUAAAUUGUGUUGUAUGUAGUACAUGCAACAUGUAAACUGUACACACAUAAAUGACAAGUUGCCCACCCACUCGGCACUUACUUUGACAACAUCCACAUAUGAAUAUCAAAAGAUACAGAUUGUUUUAUGAAUGAAUGUGUGCAGAUUACCACAAAUGUGCUUUGCUUGCCAAACUUGGCUGUAACAAGUUUCGCUCUGAACGACCAAUUUGACGGAAAAACAAAUUGCAUUAUUGUCGUUUCACUUCUAUUGUUGUUCAACCCACGCGUACACGAUCACCGUACUGAAUGUGAAAAUACAAGUCUGUCUGUUCAAGGAAAAAAACGGCUCGGCAUUGUCAGACAUUCAUUAAGUCACUCCAGCUAUCACAAUGCUGUAAUUCAUGCCAGACUUGUUCCUUCUUCAUUGUCUAUUAUGCUUGUUGUUGUUGUUGUUGUUGUUUUUUUAACCUUGUGUUGUGAUGCCAGUAAGUGAGUCCCUCUGUAGAAACCAAUAAAAUACAUGCUGAUUUAGAAAAUAUAUCCACAUUUGUGAAUUUUACUGUCAUUCAUUUAUGGCCCAGUCUAGUAUCUGUGCUCUUUGACAA